CAUACUUUCAAACAUCAUCUCAAGAUUAUUUCAAUGGCGUGAAGUAAACUCCUAAGUCCGAUUGUUGUGAAUUGUGUGCAAAAUUUUGAGUUAGUAAAUUAGUCUGAAGUUCUUCAAAACAGUUUAAUCGGAAUGUUGUUAUGAUAAAUGACAUAAACACCAUAGCAAUGUUUUAAAUUAUUAUUGAGAAAGAACAUUGCAAAUUAUAGGGCCAGUAGAGUUUUAUGUAAAUAGGCUAGGCAAAAUGAUCUCCUGUCCACUCUGUUGCAGUAGUGCAUUCAAAACCAAGGCAUUGCUCAUUGAUCAUCUAACUCAAAUUACCAAUAAUAUACCUUGUCCGAUAUGCUCAGUCAAUAUAACAUCAAUUGAUUGUCUUAUUGACCAUCUCAAGAGCAACAAUUGUAUAGGCGCAAUAGUUUUUAACCUCCACCAGAACCAGUUUGUACAACAAUCAGACUAUAACUCGGAGUCAAUAAGCAAUGAAACUCAAAAUUCUGAUAAUACUGAAGUAAUAGAAACUAACAUUGAAGAUAUUUCUGAAGUCAGCACAUUGUAUACAGAAAUAUUAAAUAAAGAACAUAUACAGGAAUUGAGGAUUGUAAAAGAGUGUGGUGAGAAAUAUGUAAUAAUAGAUGAUAAAGGUUCAGUAAUUAAUACUGGACAUACUUUUGUGUCAACACAAAAUGAGGAUGGUACUAUAUCAUACAAAAUUGAAGAAGCUGAACAACCUAUAGAGGAAGAUGCUGAGCUGGUAACAAAAGUGGAAGAAGAAAGUCAAGACAGUGUUGAGGAAUCUGAAGAGAUAUACAGUUGUAACACUUGUUCAAUGACAUUCUCUUCUGUUCUUGAUCAUAUAAAGCAGUAUCAUACAGACCAAAAUGUAGUUGUUGAGGAACCAAUUGACUCUAAUGCCAUACAGGAAUAUCAAAAUUAUAAUGAAGAUUCAGAAGACAACAGCCAUUUCAUAUCGGAAGAUAUUGUUCAGGAUAUGACGCAAGAGAAUCUGCCAGUAAAUCAAAAAGUUGCCAAGCAAGUAAAACCCAAACAAUCAAAAAACAAGAAAUGCUUUGUCCGGUUGGAAAUGGUUGAUAAAUCAAAUAUAAAUGAAAAUGAUAAAUUAAAAGAACAGAGAAUGUUGAUUGAAAAAGAUAGCGAUCCCACCUACCACAAGGUAGUUAUAAAAACACUUCAUACGGAUGACAAGAAAAGUACAGUUUACAGUUGUAUGUACUGCAAUCUUGUGGUUUCUUCGCUGGCUGAAUUCAAGCAACUACCUUGUACGCUCAGUACAGACACAAAUGGACCUCCAAAAUAUACCUGUACAGUCUGCUCGAUAGGCUACGAUAAUCCCAAAUCUCUGUGUGCGCAUAUGAAAGUUCAUAAGGAGAAACCAUCGGCUGACUGUGUCUCAACCGCGCGGAGCACUAAAUGCCACUGCGAGGUCUGCAACACCUGGUUUCCGACGACCAAGGCCCUCAAGCUGCACAGGCGAAUGCAUUAUCCCAUUAAACCUCGUCCUAUUCAGUUACCGGUGGGAUCAACAGGCCCUAAUACAGAGACGUUUGUGUGUCCCAUUUGCAAGAAGGAGAUACCUGUUCACUAUCGAUUAAUUCAUCAAAACUCGCAUAAAUUGUCUGAUGAUUUGACCUGUGAUAUUUGUAAUAAGAAAUUCUCAACGCGGGAGCUGCUCGAGAUGCACACGAAUGUACAUAAUAUGUAUAAGAUAAAUACAAAAAAGCAAGAGAACGAUGAACUUCGAUACCAGUGCCUUUAUUGUGUGAGGAAGUUUGCGAAACCGCACGAGAAGGUGAAACACGAGAGGAUUCAUACUGGUGAAAAACCUCAUAUUUGUGAAAUUUGUGGAAAAUCUUUUCGUGUUUCGUAUUGUCUUACGUUGCAUAUGCGAACGCACACGGGCGCACGCCCAUACGAGUGUCCUCAUUGUCCUAAAAGAUUCAAAGCGCAUAGCGUAUACCACCACCACAUACUAUCGCAUUCGGACGUACGAGCGUAUAAAUGCCCGUUCUGUCCAAAGUCGUUCAAGACCUCAGUACAACUUGCCGGACACAAAAAUUCUCACACAAAACCUUUUCAGUGCCAAAUUUGUAAUAGGCCAUUCGCGUCCUUAUACGCGGUACGGUUACACAUGGAAGUACACUCGCGAUUGAACAGCCUAAAAUUCAAAUGUACGGAGUGUGGUGCUAGUUACGCUCGGGCCUUCGCCCUUAAGGACCAUGUUAAACAGGCACAUUCCCACAUAGAGGCCAGUGUUGAUAAUAUGGUUGAACAGAAAGAGACUAAACUGAUUUGGGAUGGAAAUAUAGACGAAACUGAAGGAAUUGAAUCACAAGACACUGAAAUAAGCGAAUUAAAUUCGACUGAACUUGUUAUAAGUUAAAUAUUUUGUAAGUGAAUUCUCAUAAACAAAGUCUUAACUGAAUUUAUAGCUAAACCAUUCAUUAGUUUUUCUUGUUAUCUUCGGUCUACAAAUUGUAAUUUUGGAAUUAAAAAUGUUAUCUUUUUCAGUUGAUAAUUCUGAUUUUAUUACCAAAAUAUCCCAAAUAUAAGUUAAAUGUUGUUGUAUAUUAAAAUUCUUAUUCCUAAAUUCAUAAAAUCAAUAUAAACUCUAAACGAAAGUCUUGUCUCUUUCUGCCAAAUGUGUAUACGCUGUGAUGAAAAGAGACAGGUAUAUAUAAAGUUUUGCAACGCGUAUUUAAAUUGAGGAGAGAUAUAAACUUUUCAAAAUAACAUCAAUUGUAAUCCAAUUUAAUCAGAUUAUGGAAAAACCGCCUUCACCGAGGAAUGUGAGGACCUUUUCGACGUACCUCAGGACCUUUACUAAUUCAGGCUGAGCUCGGCAAAACAGCCCCUUAAGGCCAACUGUAACUGUAAAGGCCCUUAAGGCCAACAGCGAGAUUCCAUUUAAAAAAAAAGAUCAAGUGUUAUUCAUCGUAGUAACUUGAUGAUCUAAAAGUUCACAAGUAAGCAGUUACUCUCAUUGAAAGAUGCAAAUUAUGAUUAACAAAUAUUUUUUUUUUAUAAAAAAUUAGUUUUAUUCAAAAGAGUUCCUUUCUAUUAAUCCAUGGAUGAGUCGUGACUUACAGCUACGACUUCUGUGUGUGAUCCAUAAAUUUGACAUACCUGAGUAACAUUGAAUUGGUAUAUAUGAACACUAUUAACUUGUUACUCAAGGGAUAAUUUGUGUAAUUAUUGACAGUUAUGAAAUCUGUAAACGAAUAAUUUAUUUCUAAUAUAUUCUGAGCAUUUUGUCUAUUAUUACGGCGAUUUCAAUUUUGUUACCAGGCGUUUAUAAAUUGCUACAGAUGAUAUUAAAAGUACUAAAUCGAAUUCCAACUAUUCAAUAAUAUCUAUUGGAAUUUGCUGAUAAUGGCGCUGGAUAUUUAAUAAGUUCGGGAUUUUCAUUUAAAUAUAUAUAUGUC